GCGAAAUUCAUGCUUCGUGUCGAGGAAAGGCAUAAUCGUCCCUCCAUCCUCCGCGCCGGAAUAUUUGCCCUGAUCCUACUGUCGCACCACUUCCAAACCACUGUCCAAGAUGCCACAAGCCUUCGACAAGUGCAAGGAGCGGCCGGCGCACAUUGACGAAAUCCUGAACGGCCUCAACCGCUACAAUCCCGAGACGACGACCACAUUCCAAGAAUAUGUCACGCAACAGUGCGAGGAAAAGUUCUUCGACGCCUAUGCGUGCCUGGCGCUUCUGAAAUUAUACCAAUUCAACCCACAACUACUCCAUCCCGAGACGGUGACGAAUAUCCUCGUCAAGGCCCUCACUGUUUUCCCAUCGCCCGCAUUUUCUCUCUGCCUCGCCCUCCUCCCUCCCUCAACCAUCCCAUACCAGCCAGGAAACACCUCGAUCCCGACCACGGAUUUCACCGAGUCGAUACAGAAGCUGACGCGGCUCAACACUCUGCUCGAAUCGGCGCAGUAUGAUAUCUUUUGGUCCACACUCGAAUCGGAUGAUCUGUACGCCGACUUGUACGCCGAUGUGGUAGGAUUUGAGGACUUGGUGCGGAUACGGAUCGCAGGAGAGGUUGGAAAGACCUUCCGGCUAAUAGAUCUGAGUGUCCUCAGCUCAUGGCUCGAUUUGCGGGGUGAUUCGUUGGUCAAAUUCGUCCAGACAGCUUGCGGAUGGAAGGUCAAUGGUCAACAAGUGGAGAUCCCGGCAAAUGCGGAAAAUGAGGCGAAGAGCGAGGUCAAGGGAGAGAGGGUUGGUGUCGACAUGUUCGGCCGUGUCUUCAGAAGAGCGUACGAAGCGCCGGCAUGAGCGGGGCACAACUCAGAGAUCGAGUGGACGUUGUUCGUGUGGUGAGGAUUGCGCGCAAUAGAGCAGGAUUGGGAAAUCAAAAGUUCGCAGCUUCGGACUGGGGGCAAUUCUUCGGCGCCGGCCAGAGGCAUGCUGGCUUCGAUUCUGCCAGACGCGUCGAACCGGAUUGCCCUGAGUGGACUAUCUGUGUCCAAUGAAGCCUCAUAGGCGCGGCAGUUUCGCUAUGGCUCAUCUUUCUAGUAGAAGUGCUCGCGGCUCUGUCCCUCGUUGGCCGGACAGUUGCUGUCGCUUGUGAUGGCUGCACCACAGUGGUGUUUCGGAUCGGAUAAGACAAAAUGGAUUUACGAGUGAAGGGCCAGAGUCAUGCAAAUGCAAAGGAACCCGCAUUAUCAAGUUCGUAGGCGAUGCAGAUUUCCUGAACCUGAUGCUCCGCCAAAACUCGCUUCCACCGUUCGCUACGAGACACGUAGAACUGUACAUGUACUAUACUGUACCUCUUUAUUGCGGGCUCGCGUGCAGGGCUCCCGGGCUGCUGCAACUUAAUAGAGGUAUGUGACGACCUGG